AUUAAAGUUAUAGAAUGUCUUAGGAAAAGGUACCCCUAGAAGAGUCAUAUUAAGGAGCUUCAUUCCCAGAGGAUUCAUUAUUCAAGGUGAAAUAUUAGAUUAUUUCAAAAGCUGGAGCCAAAUGUAAUGUUAAAUAAUGGCAACAGGUGACUUAAAAAGAAGCUUACGGAACCUAGAACAAGUUCUUCGUUCACUAAAUUAUCCUCAAGAGGUGGAUUGUGUUGGUUUGGUAAAGGGAGAUACAGCAGCAUCUUUGCCCAUCAUUAGCUAUUCCCUUACCUCAUAUUCACCUUAUGUAGCAGAACUUCUGAUGGAAUCCAAUAUAGAGCUCAUAGCGAAGAAUGACUUGCGCUUUAUAGAUACCGUCUAUAAGCUUCUUCGUGAUCAAUUUAAUUAUAAACCAAUCUUGACAAAAAAGCAGUUUCUCCAGUGUGGAUUUGCAGAAUGGAAAAUUCAAAUUAUUUGUGAUAUUUUGAAUUGCGUGAUGAAAAAGCACAAGGAAUUGAGUAGUCUUGAGAAGAUUCCCUCACAACAGAGAAAGAAAGUCAGUUCUGUUAAGUCAGAACCUUCUUCAAGCACUGAGAAGACAUCUACAGAACCUGUUGGCAUUGACAUCACUGGCAGGUUUAUGACUUCAGGAAAGAAAAAAGCUGUGGUGAUCCGUCACCUGUAUAAUGAAGAUGGUGUUAACAUUCCUGAAGAUACGAUAAGUACUGUAACAGAUGUUAGUGAAACAUUUGAUGUGUGUAACUUAAAGACUACUGAAAUAAAGAUUCCUGAAGUAAAGUUCCCUGAAAUCAAGUCUGAACAACAAGAUGUUCAAAUCAAUCCUGAGAUUACUGUACUACAGGCUAUGCUUGUUGAAUGCCAAGAAAAGCUUCAGAAACUGACUUUGGUAGAGAGUAGAUUAGACUCUUUGGAAGAAAAAAUGAAAGGAAAAGUGAUGGUAAAUGAAAAAACGUGGACUAAUCUUCUAAGUCGUAUCACUCUUCUUGAAACAGAAAUGCUUCUGUCUAAAAAGAAUAAUGAAUAUAUAGACUUCAGUGAAAUGAAUGAAGACUACGAAUCUAGUAACGACAUGGAUAUUCUGAGUCCUGAUGGAAAAAGAAAAGAGGAGAGGCAAACAAGUAUUCCUCUAUCCUCUGGCUAUAGUACAGUGUCAUCAGAUUCAACUCCCAGAACCUCAGCUGGUAGUUACUGUGGUUUGAAAGAGAAUUCAGAGGAAACAACAAUCCAGAAAAUGGAAAGGAUGAAAAAAAUGUUUGAAGAAACCGCAGAGUUACUGAAAUGUCCAAAUCACUAAUUAUAGAAUUUUCUGCAUCAACUUCUCUAGGACUUUGGCUACUGUACAUAUUGUAUAUUUUAAAAAUUCUCUAUAAAUUUUAAUAUGCUACAAUGUUUUUAUGAAGAAUUUGAAUUCCAUUUGGUAUAUGAGUUUUUUCAAUAUUGAAUAAAUACUUUUUAUGCUAUGAUUACACUUCUUUACUCUGUUUUACUUUUUUAAGAAAAACUUAUGUGCCAGUACAUUUCUUUUAGAGAGUGAAGUCAUUACAGCACUGUGUUUUUGUGUUGACAUUUGUUGGCAGUGUGCUAAGUAAUAUGUUUUUUAAAGUACAGGCUUGUGGACCAUGGUUUACAUCCUGUUGGAAACAUUCCAACUGGGAUUUGUGUAUUGUACCCAGGAGGCUCUCAUGCAUACCAUCUUGCCAUCUGUACUGACUAAUAUGUUGUAAUGAAAAGUUUAAAAUGCUCAUUGACAAUUAAAUAAAAAUACAAUUUUAUGCUUAAUCAAAAAGCAGUAAUACAUUUUUAGUUAACAUUGAAAAAGUGAGAGUCUGAUUCUCUUUUUGUAUUUGGCAACAGGUCAGAAAGUUCACCACGAAAAGUGUGUUGAGUAUUUUAGUGCUCUAUUCCAUAACACAUUUUAAGACCAGCAAUACAGACACAGAUGGUGGCCAUCCAAUAUUACAAGAUACACAGUAUGGUUUUUUGUU